AAAAUGUCUUCGAAGGCUCUUGCUGUUCCAUUAAUUCGACACGUUGCGACAAGAGGGUAUGCCCAUGCUGCCCCAGCGGUGAGCGAGGCUCGAGUUAAGUCAAAUGUUUUGCCCAAUAAAACACUGAUUGCUGCUGUAGAUAAUGGUUCACCCAUCACAAGAGUGACCAUAGCCUUCAAGGCUGGUACUCGAUAUGAGCCACAAACUGAAUUGGGCGUUGCCCAUGUUCUUCGAUCAGCUGCUGGCCUCAGUACCAAAAAUGCCAGCGGUUUCAUAAUUUCCCGCAAAUUAUCUCAAAUUGGAGCUUCUUUUUCUGCUUCUGGUGACAGAGAGUUUAUCUACUACACUCUUGAAGCAACACAGGAAAACUUGGAUGUUGCACUCGAGUAUUUGAAUAACAUUGUUUCUAACCAAGAGUUUAGACCUUGGGAACUCAGUGACAAUGUUCCACGAAUGAAAUAUGAGAUUGCUGCCCUGUCACCACAGGUGCGUGCUGUGGACCUCCUUCACAAGGCUGCUUACCGACGUGGGCUUGGCAACUCCCUAUUCGUCUCUCCUAAGAGGAUCGGCAACAUCAGUUCUGAGUCAGUGCAACACUUUGCUGGCAGCACACUUUCCCCCAGCCGCUGUGCCAUUGUUGUCGUUGGCAACAAUCAGGAAAAAGCCAGUAUUGUCGCUCAAGCUUUGCAGUUGCCUUCUUCUGGCCAAGCAUCAAAUGAACAAUCCACUUACUAUGGUGGUGAACUCAGGAAAGAAAUGGGUGGUGAUUUAGCUCAUGUAGCUAUUGCAGCCCAAGGUGCACCAGCUGGUUCCAAACAAAGCCUGGCUCUCGCCAUUGCAGCUAAGGCUCUUGGCAAUGGUCCAGUGACAAAAUGGGGAAGCGACAAUUCACCAUUAGCUAAGGCGAUUGGUAAUGUUGGUCCCUUCGCAGCUGCUGGCUUCAAUGUUUCUUACUCUGACAAUGGAUUAUUCGGAGUCAUGCUAUCUGUUGCUAAAGAUGAAGCCAACUCUGCAGUCAAAGCAGUCGGCCAAUUCCUCAAGAACCCAUCUCUGUCAGCUGACGCCAUCAAGGCCGGCAAGAACCAACUGAAGCUCCAAGUAUUGAGUGAAGCCGACCAAGGCUCCACCCUUGUAGAAUCAUUAGCUGCACAAGGGCUGUACACGGGGGUUGUUAAGUCUCCUGUUGAAUUGGCUGCGGAAAUUGAACAGAUUUCUAACAAUGAUGUAUCGCAGGCACUUUCAAAUGCAACAAGGAACAAGAUGUCCAUGGGAGCAGCGGGCAACCUUGCUUUUGUGCCAUACUUGGAUGAACUAUAAUUUGUAGAUUGAAAUAGUUGAAUUUUUUUUUUAUGUUCUACAUAUUUUCAUAACUCUAGAGAACAACCAAACAGUUCUGUACAAUAUUAUGUUAAUUUAUUGUUGAUUAAAUGGAUAAUCAAAAUACGUA